GACCUGUUUACACUGGGCAUGUAAACGCAACCAUGGCCAGGUGGUCUCUUACCUGUUAAAAUCGGGAGCGGACAAGGAGAUUCUUACUACAAAAGGAGAAAUGCCAGUCCAAUUAACAUCAAGGAGAGAAAUCAGGAAGAUUAUGGGAGUGGAAGAUGAUGAUGAGGAAGAGGACAACAUCCCACAGCCGAAGAAGGAGUCCGAACUGCCCUUUGUUCCCAAUUAUUUGGCCAACCCAGCCUUUCCUUUCAUCUACACACCUGUAGCAGAGGAUUCAGCCCAGCUACAGAAUGGGGGGCCCUCCACACCUCCUGCAUCACCCCCUGCAGAUGGUUCACCUCCAUUGCUUUCUCCUGGGGAACCUGCCCUGCGAGGGGCCUUUGCUCGGGACCACACAUCUUUGGCACUGGUUCAGAACGGUGAUGUGGGUGCCCCCUCUGCCAUACUCAGAACACCAGAAAGCACAAAACCGGGACCUGUUUGUCAGCCCCCGGUGAGUCAGAGCCGCUCCCUGUUCUCUUCUGUCCCAUCCAAGCCACCAGUGGUGUCGCUGGAGCCUCAAAAUGGGACGUAUGCCGGACCAGCGCCAGCAUUCCAGCCAUUUUUCUUCACUGGAGCAUUUCCAUUUAAUAUGCAAGAACUGGUACUGAAGGUGAGGAUUCAGAACCCAUCUCUCCGAGAAAACGAUUUCAUUGAAAUUGAGCUGGACCGACAGGAGCUAACCUACCAGGAAUUGCUCAGAGUCAGUUGCUGUGAGCUGGGCGUUAAUCCAGAUCAAGUGGAGAAGAUAAGAAAGUUACCCAAUACUCUGUUAAGAAAGGACAAAGAUGUUGCUCGACUCCAAGAUUUCCAAGAGCUAGAGCUGGUUCUAAUGAUAAGUGAAAACAAUUUUCUCUUCAGAAAUGCUGCGUCCACACUGACUGAAAGGCCUUGCUAUAACAGGAGAGCUUCCAAACUGACUUACUAAUGCAGCAGGGACUUUUAUCAUGGAGUGCUGUGAAGUGCUGUCACCUCUGGGCCAAGGACAAGCCAUUGAUCUGAAUGCCUUGGAUGCCCGGAGGGCUACUGGUGCCCGGUGGAGCAGAUACUCACAUCGUUCUGCCAAGGUAGGGAGCUCCUGACCCCCAAGCAGCGGUGCCACUCUUCCAAGCCUCUUGGUGCACAAUAAACCUAUUGCUUGAAGCUCUGAACAGCUGAGAAGUGGUCUGGAGAGGCAGAAGCGGAAGCCCUGUACCUAGUGUGCUGUCUGUGCAGUGUCUGAGAGUUGUCUGAGCAGACGCCAAGAGGGAGCAGAGCCUAUUCGUAGCCACUCCUGGUGACCGAGCACCUGCAAGGCCAGGAUGCACUUUUCUUGGUGUCGCAUGCCCACAACUCUCCUGAAAUGUGAACCGCCCAGAGGGAGAUUGGAGAAAGUCCAGGUACUGGACAAAUGACUUUAGUGUGACUUGUCGCUGUGAGGUUUCCUAUAACAUAUUUAUAAAUGUUACUCAGGUUUAAAGUAUUUAAGAAUACAGUUACCUAAUUGUAAAUACGCUGUUAACCAAAAGAGCUUCCCCUCCCCCAUGUUUUCCUUUGAGAAAAGUCAUGACUGCUUGUCUGUCUCUAGACAGUGAUCUCUGCAUUAACUUCCCCUCAUGGUCACUAGAGGGCUCUCUGAUGCUUUCUGAAGGAGCAACUGCUUUUACUCCGAAGCGAUUCCUGUCAUCUCUCUGUUUAAUUGCACUGAGAAGAGCACAAACAUCACCGGCCCAUGCUCUCCACUUUCAUUCUCCAGUAGAAAUGAAAAGCAAUUUUUGAGACUGAUCUGUUGCUAUUUUAAAGGUUAUUGUGGGAAACUGAGCUAAAGGAGUUAGUAUCUUUAUUUUUGUAUCAAAGAUAAAGGUUAUUUUGCAAUUAUUAGGAUUUCUACACAACUCUGAUCUCUGUUGCUUUUGUAAACAAAUUCUUUGAUUUUAGGAAUCCCUCUACUCCCUUCACCAAUCCACUUAACACAAUCAAUUGGGAGUUUACCAGACUUUGUUCUGAAAAACAAAACCAAAAUCGCCUGAUUAAACUCUGGAGCAUGGCAUAAGAAUAUUUUUAAAGAAUGCCUUCAAGGAUUCUUUUCCUACCCCACAGCUUCAUUCGUGUUAAAAAGAAAAGCCCCGGUAGAAAUAAGGACUAGCACACGUAGACACACAGGGGUGGGUGGCAGCCAGCUGUCGAAGAGCAUCCCUGCUGUCUUAAGCUUUUUCCCCAUAGUGCCUAGAGUUUCCAAAGAAACGUAACUUCCUAACUGUGUUAACUUCAUUCUGUCGGAACACGACAAUUGCGUGAACAUGCCAGAAGAUGUCAACGGGAGAGAAUGUUGUGCUAAGAUAAAGGCCUCCUGCUGCUUCCGAGAUGCCGAAGUGUGGCGGAGAUGUCUUCUAAGGUCAACUUCACAGAGUCACUCUGUUUUGUGACUUUAAUGUACUCUGCCAAUUACUGCUGGUGACUUACCCUUGUGCAAUGUUUGCAGAGUAAAGGUGCUUUAGAGAGGAAACUUGAAAGUGCUUUAGAGAGGAAACUUCCUUAUAUUUCAACGAAUCAGAAACUAGGAUAUCUAGAUGUAGUAACCUUUUUUUUUUUCCCUUCACUUUGAAAAGAGUUGCAGUCUGAUACAAUUAAGUCUGGUUCUGUUCUGGAGGAAACAAAUUCAGUAUUAAUUCAUGUCUAAAUUACUAGAGUUAAAACUCUUUCAGCUCCCCAGAAUUAAUUAGGGACCUGCAGAAGCAGUGGAGGCCCCUGACCGGGAUGUGGCCAAAAGGAGAGUAUUAGUUCCAGGGCAUUUCCCAGGCUUGGACACAUCGGCGAGGGAAGGCCUUGGUGUCUCAGGGGAGAGAUGGGUCCAAUGUGGCUCUGUCCUACACUGGUCUCCCUUCUGUGGUCAGCUGACUCCUGUGUAUGGCAGUGGGACGACACUGCACAGUUGCUGGUAGGUGAGGUAGUCUUAAUCUAUGCAUUCAGAGAAAUAUUUUUAUAUGCUUUGUGUAAUUUAUAACAAGGAUUUUUUUUAGCUUUGUUACCUGUGAAUUCACCCCUUCCUCCACUGCAUAUUUAAAGCAUGUGUUCACACUGUGUGUAAACAUUCACCGAAGAUUGUUUCCUUGUGCAUUGCUGACUGUUCAAACAUAACGAGUAUCAUUAAACUUAAGUAUUAACUGAC